CCUCCAUUCUCCCAUCGCGCGCUCUCUCCUCCUCCUCCCAAAAAAGAUUAGGGCUCAUCACCCGACCAGUACAGUCAUCCUCACACAAAUACCAGUUCAUCAUUUCGGUCUCUCUAGAACUGUAGUAGUAAAUCCUUGUGUUCGAUCGAGCACUGCGUCUGUUGCCACUGCUGGGACUCAGAUUGCUUUUCUCCUCAACUUUGGCAUUCGAUGGGUGUAAAGGUCUUCCCUUCCCGUUGGCCAUCAUUUCCUCUUCUUCCUUUGCGCUAAACAAAUUUUGUUUAGCGCCACCUCCACCUGACCUGACCUGACCCCAGCAAAAGCAAAGCCAAGCGCCUUGCCAUUAAAAGGCUUCCUUUUUUUGGCUCCAAAUCUGCGUCCGGUUUGGUUCCUUCCUUCCACCAAUCUCUCCGGCGGCUCUCCUAUUCCAUUCCACCAUCGAAAUCCAACCCUUGACCUCCCUCCAAUUCCCCAAGAACAAGCAUAAGCAGACAAGCUUGGCCGCUCCGAUGGGGGUGCUCGCCGACAGGCUCAGGGCCUUCUCCACCAACCGAUGGCUCGUCUUCGUCGCCGCAAUGUGGCUGCAGUCCAUGGCCGGCAUCGGCUACCUCUUCGGCGCCAUCUCGCCCAUCCUCAAGGCCGCGCUCGGCUACAACCAGCGCCACGUGGCGGCGCUCGGCAUCGCCAAGGACCUCGGCGACUGCGUCGGCUUCCUCGCCGGCUCGCUCUCCGCCAUGCUGCCCGCCUGGGCCAUGCUGCUCAUCGGCGCCCUGCAGAACUUCCUCGGAUACGGAUGGCUCUGGCUCAUAGUCACCAAGCAGGCGCCGCCGCUGCCCCUCUCCAUGAUGUGUGUCCUUAUUUUUGUUGGAACCAACGGCGAGACAUAUUUCAACACAACUUCACUGGUUACAUGCAUCCAGAAUUUCCCAAAGAGCAGGGGCCCAACUGUGGGCAUUCUGAAAGGAUUUGCUGGGCUUAGCAGUGCAAUUCUGACUCAACUGUUUGCAGUAAUGCACACACCAGACCAUGCAACUCUUAUCUUCAUGGUCGCAGUCGGGCCGUCACUUGUUGCCAUUGGCCUCAUGUUUGUUAUAAGGCCUGUCGGGGGUCACCGACAGGUGCGGUCAUCUGACAAGAACAGCUUCAUGUUCAUCUACACCAUUUGCUUGCUCCUUGCCUCAUAUCUCGUUGGUGUCAUGCUAGUCCAAGAUUUCCUGGAAGUGAGUGAUAAUGUGGCUAUUUCUCUCACAGUGUUUCUUUUCGUCUUGCUUAUUUUACCGAUCGCGAUCCCCGUGGUCCUGACGUUUAGCUUGAAAACUGAAUAUCCAAGUCCAUAUGAAGAGGCUCUGCUGUCUGAAGCAUUAAAAGGAGAGGCAGGUACUUCACAUGAAAGGGAGGAUCAACCAGAGUUGAUUCUAAGUGAGAUGGAAGACGAGAAGCCUAAAGACAUAGACUCUUUAUCCCCAUCUGAAAGGAGAAGGAGAAUUGCAGACUUGCAGACCAAGUUAGUUCAAGCUGCAGCAAGAGGUGGGGUUAGAGUCAGGAAGGGACCACGUAGGGGGGAGAACUUCACCCUGAUGCAGGCAUUGGUCAAGGCUGAUUUUUGGCUUAUUUGGUUAUCGCUUCUGCUCGGGUCUGGAUCAGGGCUGACGGUGAUUGAUAAUUUGGGUCAGAUGAGCCAAGCUGCUGGUUUCAAAGACGGGCAUAACUUCGUGUCAUUGACGAGCAUAUGGAACUUCCUUGGUCGUGUUGGAGGUGGCUAUUUCUCUGAGAAUAUUGUCAGGGAACAUAAAUACCCAAGGCACAUAGCAUUGGCCUUAGCUCAGAUACUCAUGGCUGCUGGGCAUUUCCUCUUUGCAAUGGCUUGGCCUGGAACUAUGUACAUGGGAACCUUCCUGGUUGGGCUUGGAUAUGGCACUCACUGGGCUAUUGUGCCGGCUGCUGUUUCUGAACUUUUCGGUGUAAAACACUUUGGCGCAAUGUAUAAUUUCCUCACAGUAGCAAACCCCACAGGGUCGCUGAUCUUCUCAGGUCUCAUUGCCAGUAGCUUCUAUGACUAUGAAGCUGAGAGGCAAGCGCAGCGCCGUCAGAGCUCAGCGUCGUCGUCUCCACAGUUUCUUCAGGGCAUGGGUUUACUUGCAGAUGGGCCACUGAAGUGUGAAGGGGCUGUUUGCUUCUUUGUCAGCUCGUUGAUCAUGUCAGCGUUUUGCGUCGUGGGUGCUGGCUUGAGCCUUGUCAUUGUUUACAGGACCAAGCGAGUCUACUCUCACCUCUAUCGAUCUGUCCGGUGAUGAACUUUUUUCCAUGGAUAGAUCAUCCCCGUUGUACCAUGUACCAUACAUACAUUAUUGAACAUAUGAUUCAUGAAUCAAGAUACAAGAAGCUAAA